AGUUGCUCGCCUCUCUUCAUGGCUUCUCCUCCUUUAGUAGUAGAAGCCCUUCUCCUUAUGCUAAUCCUCCCACAUAUUGGCCUCUCAAAGCCCCAUUCACUGAAGGGAUCGGUGGCCUGCUUCGACUGCACUUCCCACAAUCUCGCUGGUGUAUUUGUGGCAGUAAAGUGCAACCAUGAGAAGAGGUUGCUCCCUGCUCUAACUAACAACAAAGGCUACUUUGAAGUUGAGAUCCCAACGAAGUCCUCGCCACCUUCCUCUUCCCCUCCUGACUGCCUUGUGAGGCUGCUCGGGGGACCAGAGCAGCUCUGCUCGUUCAAAAAAUCCAUGACUUCUAAGAUCGUAAAGGCUCAAGGAUUGGAGGAGUCCUAUGCUUUAGCCACCCCUCUCACCUUCUUCAGGUCAUGCCCUUCCCAUGCUGAUCAAAACUGGCACCCUGAUAUGACCUCAGAUGCUGGAACACCAAGGCCACCAAAUGCUAGAGCACCAAGGGCACCGAAUGCCGGACCGGCGAGGCCCGACGGCCUACCUCUGCCAAGAGACUUGGAGCUGCCACCUCUUAUCUACUUCUUUCCUUUCAUUCCUAUCAUUGGAAUCCCUUGAGACUCCUAUCGCUAUGGUUUAUCGUGCGUUGUAAGAACAAGAUGUAGUCAAAGCCUAUGCUUGCUGUGCCUUGGGAACUGCUAGUUUACGAAGGCUCUAAGAAACUAUAUUGUGAAAUAUUUUAGAGGAAUUAGCUCUUCUAAUGUAACUAAAUAUAAUUCUUAAUAAAUAUUUAUAUCGUUAGUGCAACCUUGAGUCUUGUUUGA